GCCACCUCCUCUUUAACUCAGACACACAGAUACACACACUGAUUCUCAUGUGCCAUUCAGUCGAUUAUCUCUGAUAACACCCUCUGCAGGAAUACAAUAUCAGUUCCAGACUUUUUUUCUCCUGACUCGGAUGACAUCUCUCUGCGUAUUUUAGGGGAUAUUUUCCCCCUGUCGGCCGUCAAGAGGUCACCUGGAUUGGGAAGAUAAUAAUGAUUCACUUGUCUGCGGUGAUAAGAGGAGAGAAGAGUUGGAAUUGAUGAUUGUGGAGUGGAAUUUAAGAAGGGGAUUCGUGAAGAGAAGAACUGGGAGGAGGAGGAGCAGGUGAUCGAAGGAGGAAGAGGAGGAGAGGAAGAGUAUGGGCCACUCGUCUGUGUGGAUCUUUCUGCUGUCCCUUUCUCUCUCCCAUCAAAGCGUCACAGCACAGGCUGAAGCAUGCAGGACGGUGGUGCAGGCAGACAUAGUGUUUCUGGUGGAUGAGUCAUGGAGUGUGGGCCAGACCAGCUUCUCCAGUGUCAAAGACUUCAUCUCAACCAUCGUCUCCUCCUUCAAGGACAGUGUGGUGGGACCUGAGGGGGUCCGCUUUGGAGUCACUGUCUUUGGGGAUAUCGCAAGGAUGCGGAUUGCUUUGACAGACUACAGCUCACUGGAGGAGGUGCUCAGAGCCAUCAGAGAUCUCCCCUAUGAGGGUGGAUCCAGGAGGAUUGGUGAUGCCCUUCAGUUUCUGGUUGACCCCGUGUUCAGCCCUGUCAUCAGUCGAGACCAUGCCCCAAAGAUAGCUGUAAUGAUCACAAACGGACGUUCAGACGACCAGGUGGACGCCGCAGCCAGAGCUGUAGCUGACAAUGGGAUUUCUCUCUUUGCAGUAGGUCUUUGGGGAGCUGACGAUUCAGAGCUGAGGAGGAUUGUGUCAGAGCCACAUGAGGAGCACCUAUUAUUGGGCACUGACUACUCUCACCUUGAAACCAUUCUUCCCAAACUGUCCCGCAGAGUGUGUUUUACUGCUUCUGAGCCACCGCUUCCUGUGAAAACCUCCCCACCUGUCAAAGAGCCUGUGGUGGGUCCCAAAGACCUGCAGGUCAGCGAGUUGGCCCACAGUUCCCUCAGACUGACAUGGAGCCAGGCCACAGGUGAUGUCACUGGAUAUCGUCUCCUGAUCUACCCUCUCAGCUCCGGUGGGCACCUCCCCCCACAACAGAGACAGGUUGAUCUAAAGGCAGAUGUGAGCACAGCGUUGGUGAUGGAGCUGAGUCCCAAAACAGACUAUUCCCUCACUGUCUACGCCAUCUACCCCAGCCUCAUAGGAGACUCUGCAGCAAUCACCGUCCAAACAACCCCGUUGCCUCAGGUGUCAAACUUCCGUGUUAUUGAGGAGGGCCUGUUCUCUCUGCGCCUGGGCUGGACGCCUCCUCUAGGAAAGCUGAAUGGAUACAAGAUCUUCAUCCCAAGACCCAACCGCCCAGGAUUUAUUUAUGAGAACAUGCUUCCUGGAGACACCUCUUCUCAUGUGAUUGACAGCCUGGAGGAAGAUAAGAAGUACACCAUCAGUAUUUAUGCUGUUUACCCCCAGGGACAAAGUGAAACAGUUUCAGUAGUGGGCAAGACAUUAAAGCUGGUGCAAGUUAAGAAGUUCCUUGUCCAAAACGCCACCACAGACACCGUCCAGGCUAGGUGGGCAUCAGUUAAGGGAGCCACAGGAUACCGUCUGACAUGGGAAUCCCCAGAUGGCCACAUAGCGAACGUGAACCUCGGGGACAACUUUAACUUCUACAUGAUCCAGGGCCUCCACUCAGCCUCUGAGUACACUGUCACCAUCAACCCCAUCUUUGGAGAUAUUGAGGGGCCCAUCACAACCGCUAAAGUCAAGACAUUGGAAAGCAGUGCAGUACAAACUUUGAAAGUGUCUGCUGUGAGCACCAGUACUGCGGUCAUCUCAUGGAACAGUGUCCCAGGAGCCACAGGAUACAGACUGGCCUGGGGACCCACUCCAGGUGAUUUGUUUUUCCAUACACAUGUGCUGGCUUUGCUUGACUCAUCGGUGACGUUUAAAAGCAGCGGGCUGAGUGUUUUUCCAUCACACGGCACGGCAGCUCCGUUGGGAUAUGUGUCCAACUUCAAGGUGUCGUCCUACACCAGUAUGUCCAUAGAUGUGGAGUGGAGUCCCAUUGUUGGAGCGACUGAGUACAAACUUUCUUGGACCACAGGUGACAGCAGCCCUCAGUCCCGUUACCUGGAUCGCAGUGUUCUCUUCCAUCGUAUCGAAGACCUGAACCCACAGUCCACAUACACAAUCACCAUCUGCGCGGUGUACGGCAACUCAGAGGGACCAGAAAUCUCCUUAUCUCAGCUCACAGCUGCUGUCUCAGACUCUCAGCCAAUCCAGGCAGUGAGGGAGGUGAAGGUCGUGGACAUUGGAGUCAACUCUUUCACCCUGUCCUGGAGGAAAACACCAGGAGCAUCUGGGUACAAAAUCUCCUGGAUCCCCUUCCUGGGGGGUGAUGAGAAGUCUGACGUGGUGUCUGCUGCUUCCACCACUUUCACCAUCCACAAGCUGCGGGAGAGCUCGGCUUACAAGAUCCAGGUGUCCAACAUGGUGGGCAACCGGGAGGGAAGCCCAGUCCUGCUCACUGCACGCACCUUGGAUCUUCCCAAAGUGAAUGACUUUGCUGCUCUGAACACGACAGACAGCAGCACUGUUCUGAACUGGACACGUGUGGCUGGUGUUUCUGGAUACCUUCUCUCCUGGAGGCACAUCUCAGUGUUGGAGACUAAAACAGAGACCCUGGGCCCUGGUUUCAGCUCCUAUAAGAUCAGCGAUUUGCUCUAUGGAAGAACCUAUAUUUUUACCAUCAGACCCUUGUAUGGAGAAGUGGAGGGCCCUAUAAGCACUGUCUAUCAGAGAAUAUUGGGACCGGAUCGUCCGCUGGUAACAGUCCAGCCUGUGCCAGCCACAGUUGCUCCUCGUAUCACGACUGCCUCCGUCAGCGAUACCACCAUCACUCACACAGCCAUCAGGACCACACGGCACCCCAUCGCUGUGCCACCGACUAAACCCAUAAUCACCAAAAAGCCUCCGGGCCAGCCGAUUGUCACUGAAGCCAAAGCAGCAGAAGUCACCCCCCUUCGAUUGACCACACUCAGUGUACAGACAACAGCUCCACCAAGACCAGUAUGUGGUAAGGCCAAAGCAGACAUAGUGUUCUUAGUGGACGAGUCCUCCAGCAUCGGCGCUAACAACUUCAUCAAGAUGAAAGACUUCAUAUUCCGAGUGGCAACUUACUUUCCUGUCGUUGGUCCUCUGGGCACACAGAUAGCCGUGGUUCAUUACAGCGAUGAGCCUCGUAUUGAAUUCCGUCUAAGUGACUUUAAAGACAGGAGUUCUGUGCUCAGGGCGCUCAGAGAGCUACGCUAUGGAGGGGGCAACACCAAAACAGGAAAAGGCAUCAGCUACGUUCUUCAGGAGCUGUUCCAGGAGUCCCUGGGGAUGAGGCAGGAUGUGGCGCAUGUUCUGGUUCUGAUUACAGAUGGCAGGGCCCAGGAUAACGUGGAGCCGCCCUCUAGGAUUGCACGUGCUCUGGGUGUCAGUGUCCUGGCAGUCGGAGUUUCUAAUGCAGACAUGGAGGAGCUGAAUAAGAUCGCAGCACCCACCAGCUACAAAAACAUUUUCUACUCACCAACCUUUGAUGACUUCCCUUCCAUAGAGAGAGAAUUUAUCAAUAUCAUCUGUAGUGAGGAGCUCCUCUCCGAGUUCAAACUGAAUGAUGAGUCUGCUCAGUUGGACACCCCAACUGAAGACCCAGGGGAGCUGCUAAAGCCUCAGGGUCCCUGCUCCUCCCAGUGUGCAAAGGGCCAGAAAGGGGAAAAGGGAGAUGGUUUUGGUGGCGGAGGUCUGAGAUUUCGGCAAAGCCCUGGACAGUUUGAUCCUUUCACGUCUUCCAAAGGAGAGAAGGGAGAAAGGGGGCCUCCUGCAACAGAUGGUGUACCUGGGCUGCCAGGACGACCAGGGAGAACUGGACCACCAGGUUCUCCUGGCCAGCGGGGCCCUCAAGGCAUAUCAGGUGAUAUGGGUCCACCUGGAGCCCCUGGUCAAAAGGGACAGAGAGGAGAGAGGGGAGAGCCUGGAUAUGUUAUAGGUGGCACAGAUGCAAAUUUCGUUCCUGGGCGAAAAGGAGAGCCAGGAUCUUCAGGUCCCCAGGGGCCUCCUGGUGUACCAGGGGUCAAUGGAUCUCCAGGCCUACCUGGCCAGCCAGGACCACCAGGGUCACCAGGAAUAUCUGUCAAGGGAGAUCCUGGGGAGAUUGGAGCCAAAGGUUUACGUGGGAAGCCGGGUGUGAAAGGAGACAAAGGAGAGUCGGGAAAAGACGGUACUGCAGGUUUGCCUGGUCCGAUUGGCAUUGAUGGGGUGCCAGGAUUACCAGGUCAGAGAGGAGAGAAGGGGGAAGAAGGAAUUGGUAUACAAGGUAUUCAAGGUCCUCGUGGAGAGCCUGGAGAGAAGGGAAAUAUUGGCUUAACAGGACCAGUUGGCCUCAAGGGUGAUCGUGGAGAGCAGGGCAUCCAAGGAAUCAUCGGACCUCGGGGCAAGAAGGGAUUCAAAGGGGAGCAAGGGGAAAAGGGAGAACGAGGAGAGAUGGGACCAGUAGGACCACAAGGACCCACCGGACUGACGGGUCCUUUAGGGUUGAAAGGAGAUGAGGGUCCAAGAGGAGCUCCUGGAGAUCCUGCCAAGGGUGUAAUAGGCCCAACAGGAAAAAAGGGUGCCAGGGGAGAUGUUGGUCCAGUCGGUCCCGUGGGCCCCCAGGGAGUAAAGGGUGACCAAGGAGACAAAGGAGAAAAGGGCAGUCCUGGUUUUGGGAUUCCAGGACAGCGGGGCGAAAAGGGAGAAAAUGGCGAAAGGGGAAAUGUUGGUUUGUCUGGAAAACCAGGACCAAAAGGGAAAGAUGGCUCUAAAGGUGACAAAGGGACUAUCGGGUUAUCCGGCAAUCCUGGAGAACCAGGAUUAAGAGGUAAAGAUGGUUCACCUGGAGUUAAAGGAGAUCAAGGAACUAAGGGUGAAGUAGGACCCCCUGGAGAGCCUGGUGACAGAGGAAUUAGGGGUCCACUGGGGUUACCAGGGCGACCAGGGGACCCAGGGGAGAAAGGAGAUACUGGGGCAUCUGGCCCGUCUGGUGCUGAUGGAAAGAAAGGUGACAAAGGGGAGCAGGGAAAACCUGGACCUCCGGGAGGACAAAUUGUUGCAGACAACAAUGUACUGACCAGAGUAAUAAAGGGUGAACCAGGAGAGCCUGGUCAGCCUGGUUUGAGAGGAGAGACAGGUCUGCCUGGUCCACAAGGUCCAGAGGGGAAACCUGGAUUACCAGGACUCUCUUUGGGUGGUUCUGGAAGAGAUGGAUUUGAUGGUUUUCCAGGGAAACCAGGAAUGAAGGGUGACCAGGGACAAAAAGGAGAGCCUGGCCUGAAUGGAGAUAAAGGAGACCAAGGACGUGUUGGGAUUGCUGGAAUGCCUGGUUUACCAGGAACUCCAGGGAGACCUGGCAUUGACGGGAAGAGGGGCUUGCCAGGAAAAGAUGGAGAAAGAGCACCAAAAGGAGAUGAAGGCAAAAAGGGGGAAAAGGGAGAGGCAGGUGCAAAUGGUAAAGAUGGCAGUAAAGGGGAACCAGGACCUCCAGGUUUGCCUGGUCGGCAGGUGCUUGUCACAUCAGAGGGCGCCACCCUCGAUGAAAUCCGAGAAGCAUUCCCAAUCCCAAUGGGUCCCCCAGGAGCUGCUGGUUCACCGGGAAUGAAGGGUGAUAAAGGAGAACAAGGCCUGAAAGGAGACAAGGGUGAUGCUGGAGCUCCUGGAAAGUCUAUUGAGAUGAAGGACAUUGAAGUGAUGUUUGAAGCAUACGGCAUAAGGCUGCCUUUGCUGAAGGCUUUGAUCGACAGGCUGCUGCAGGACGGAAUAGAGGAGCUGCUUCAGGUGCUCGGCACCUCCAGGAAAACAAAGGAAAAGGCAGACACUCACACCUCCAAUGUCAUCACUGAGUACACAAGUUCAGUGAAGUUUGACCUCGCCAGCCAGCCGCUGAAAGAGUUGGACACUAUUGAGGAUCCUGAUUUAGAUAGACAGCUUCCAGAGUCUUUGGAACGUUUGAAUGAAACUGCAGAGGGUCCGACUUUAUGGUCCGUCACCAUGCUGAAUGGAGAAGAGGAGCUCGACAGGAUCGGCACCAAGCUAAAGGGCUCCAGAGGGAAGGAGAUAGUAGACGGGGGCAGUGACAGAUUAUCAUCGCUCAAAAUUAAUCUGACUGUGGUCAAUUCUACUUACAAUUAUACCACGACCCAGGAGACGGUUUCAGGGUUACCAGAAACUGUGGCGGAGACUGUUCUCCUCACUCAGGAAGACUCUCUGAAGAAGAACUCGGGACAAAAGAAAAAGAACAGAGAACGUGGGAAGGGCAAAGGAAAUAAAGGACGACAUAAGAGGCAGAGACAACGCCUGACAAGUGACGAGGACAAGCAAGAGGAGGAAGAGGAGUUUUAUAACGGCGAAGAAUACAGCUAUGAAUACGAGGAUGAACUCUCACCAGAUGACCACUUGGCCUCUCAGGAGGGGAGAGACAACCGACAGGAGGAACAGUUACCCACACACAGUCCUGCCCAGUUAGAGAAACUGGCGGGAACCUCCAGUUACCCUCUAACAUCCUCCACAGACAGACAAACAGAUGAACAGGAGGAACAAUUACUCACACACACUGCUGCCCAGUUAGAAACAUGGGUGGAUCCCUCCAGUCAUCCUCUAAUAUAUUCAACAGACAGAGAAACAGAUGAACAGGUUGCCUUGACAACCACAGAGCCAUUAUCUCAACCCAUGACUGAUAGAGAAAAGGAUGAAGUGUCACUUCCGUCACCUGCCGUCACAACAGAAGAACCAGAUAAGGUGCCUCGAUCCAAAAUCAGGGUGAAGAAGAGCGCCCCCUGGCCUGACUCCAUGGUGUUCAUGCCAGGUGCCCCAGGUGGAAGACGUCGCUUCAAGGAGGCACCAAAACAUCUGUCCUCUGGAGCUCAAGGUUACAUCUGGAGUCAGAAGAAGCAAGAAAAACCUGACCUUCAAACACAUACCAGGAGGCAAGAAGUGAGGGAGAGGCAGCGAUACAGUGAUGCAGAAAAAGAGACACAAGAUGGAGGAGAGGAACCGACUGAAGGAGAGGAGCCGAUAGAAGAAGUGGAACCAACUGAUGAAGUGGAACCAACUGAAGAAGUGGAGAAGUGGGAGGUAGAACAAGAGAAGGGAGUAGAGAUAGAUGGAGAUACAAAAACAACCCCUGAUCCAGACUAUGAGGAGGAGGAAGAGAGGAGCGGAGACUACGACUGGGAGACAGAGGAGGACGUGGAUCGAGAGAGGGGAGGAGAGGAAGAUGCCGACCUGGAGAAGGAAAGGGAGCGGGAGAGGAUGGAGAUGGAGAGGGAG